GCACAACUCAAAAAGAAGUCGUCUCAAGUCUGAACCAAAAUAAUCAGGACCCACUAACGACAUCAACACUUUAACUCGCAGCAUGUUCCACUCUUGAUUCCGAACUUUUUACCUUACGCAAUAAUAGUAGGAGACACUAGACAGAUUAGUACUAAUGAAUUACUGAUGAUAGAUCUGUUCCUUUUACAGUUUACUCUUUGUACCGUUUUCGCAAUUUGCAAAUUAGCAUUCUCUAUCUAGCUUUUAGUUUUUGCAUUUCUGCCUCAAAAAUAACUCUUAAGCUCAAAACUGAAGUGAAAUGAUUUUAAAGUCAACAUCGACAAUUCAAGGAUCAACCCUAAAUUCAAAUCCAACUCUUCGUUCCACUUUGAUUAUUCAAUUCAUUACACAUAUCACUAACACUGACCAUUUUUGUUGAGUUUUGACCACUGUUUAGCUAUUUCUCUUUCCUUCCACAACCACCACCUCACCGAUCCACACGGGAGGAAGAUAACAUUUUUUGUUUGUGCAUUUAUUUGUUUUUGUUUUUUUUUUUUAGUUUCCUCUUGCCUUGUAGAGCGGGUAAAAAAAUAAUAAAAGCAAGGUGACUCAUUUAUUUAAGUAACGUUAAUUUGGGGGGAAAAAACGUGUGGUAGUUAAAAAGCCUUGGCUACUUCAAGGUACAAAUAAGUAGAUAGAGUUUGCUGGAAGAUUUUUUUCAUGUUGCUUUUCGAAGAUCCUUUUCUUGCUGAGGGAGCCAGGAGGACCCUGAUGCAUGUAGAGUAAGAAAUUUGUUUUUAAACUUCAGAACUGGUUGCUGAUUGCUGAACCAAGAGAAUUGAAGGUUGGUAAUGGAUGAAUCUACCGAGAAAGUUCAAGAAGGCUUAUAUGCUACAGAUGCCGAUUUUAGAAAACUCUACUCAGUUGAGGGGAUCUCAACUAAAGAAGAUGACAUGCAAGAAAUGGAGAUAGCACUUCAAGCCUUAACGGAGAUAGACUUCCGCUUAGCAUAUUUUUCUGAAAAACUAAUGAACCUGCAUGUACUUUAUAUUUAUCUGUUGGCCCGGGAAAAUGAUCUUGAAGCAAUAGAUACAAAGGAUGACUGCAUCUUGGCAAACUUCUUUGAGAGGGCGAUGACGUUGGAUCUAUUGUCUGGCAUUUUAGAUUCAGAGGUAAGAGAGCUGGACAAUUUCAUGGACACUCUGCAGGAAGAAAUUGUUGAUGCCCGUCGUAAAAUAUUUUCAUGCAGACAUUUGACAGAAGUUUCUCAUAUGAUGGAAAAAAAAUUGCUUGGCUGUGAAGAAUCUAUGAAGCAGUUUCAGCAGCAGCUAUUGGAGUUGAAGAUGCAGUCAACCCAGUUACAGAAAACAAUUGCUGCUUUAAAAGAUGAUAAUUGCAAAAUGGAGAGGGUCUUUAAUUUAUUGGAAAACAGUCAACUGACAGAUAUGAAAGUAAAAUCCAGUGAUCAGAUGGUUGAACAACGAAAAUAUCUUCUUCGAAUGCUUGAGAAGUCCCUCGUGAGGGAGCUAGAUCUUGAAAAGAAGUUAGUGGAGCUGAGGAAAAAUGAAGAGGUAAAGCUGAAACUUCACUACACGGAACAGGUAGCGCUUCGUAUGGAAGAAGCAGCAGAAGUUGUUUGGGGAAGAUUUCUAGAGGCAGACAAUGCUGUGGAGGUGCUGAUGGGGAUUUCCAAAGGUCUAAUGGGGCGCCUCCAACUAACUGAGUUCAACCUCAAUGGUUAUAUUCACCGAGAAAAUGAGCUGAAAUCAAAAGUUCAAGAUUUCAUAGAAGAAGUCAAGGAUAAAGAUGCCGCUAUAGAGAAGCUUGAGAGAUGUAAUGUCGAGAAUAUGCAGCUGAAGUCUGAAGUGUUGGCUUUAAAGGAAAAGGUCAAACUCCGCGAAGAAGAGCAAAGGGAUUUUGAGCUUCGGCUAAAUUCUGUGAUUGCAGAGAAUGAAACUAGUCAAGAGCAACUCAUUGAACUGGAAAAUUUGGUUGUUUCCCUCAAAGAAAGUGUUGACAUUGCCGAAAAUCGGGCGGAGACUGCAGAAGCAAAGGUUACACAGUUAACUGAGACCAACUUGGAACUUACCGAAGAGCUGAAUUUUCACAAAGGAAGUGCGAGUGCUGCAGAGAAGAAAGUUGGUUCACUCGAGAAGCAACUAAGGGAAUUAGAUAGCCAGCUGCAGAAUGCAAAGGCAUCUUCUGAAGCAAGUCAAGAACAGCAGAACAUGUUAUACACAGCAAUAUGGGAUAUGGAAAUAUUGAUUGAAGAGCUAAAAUCAAAGGCUUCAAAAGCUGAAAGUAAGAAAGAGAGUGCUGAAGAGCAAUGCAUUGUGCUAUCCAAUACUAUCUUAGAACUUAAUAAAGAAUUGGAUCUCCUCAGGUCCAGCAUGAUCAGCAUGAAAUUAUCUUUGGAUCAUGCUUGCAAUUCAAAAUUAUCUAGUGCCAAAGAAAUUGAUACCAGAUCCAAGUUUAUCAUGGAUAUGAUAAUGCAACUAGCUGCCGAAAGGGAGCGUAUCAAUAAACAGCUACAUGCUUUGAGAAAUGAAAAUAAAUGUCUGGUAGAGAAGUUACAGGAUACUAAAAUUGGCGCCCCUCUAGAUGCUUGCAACAACGGACUAAAUAAUAGAAAUGAAGAUCAAGAUUCCAACAUUGACUCAAGCAAUGGUAGCUGUACAAAAUCAUCUGAUGAAGAAGGAGCAGAUCCCUUGAAUAACACCUUCAAGGCAGGUGGCUGAACAAGCAGGAGAGGCAAGCUCUGAAACACAAACAGUAUCAUAUAUAUCAUCAAGCAAGUCCUCUAAAUGGAGGAACUUCACAUUUCUUUUAAUGGCAAUGAUCAUUGUUCCACUGGUUUCUGUGUUAGCUUUCUUCUUAUUCGAUAAUGAAACGUUUUCCCUUUUGAAAGCUUCAUUUGAUGGCUAAGUUAUUAUGUAGGACGUAGAAAUUUUUUGUUUUUGUUUUGUCCUCAAGUCCGUUGGCUUCUGGUUUGUAUAUUCAUCUGUUCAUGUGAUCCUACUAUCCUAGAAUUGGUGUAAGCAUAUUAUUAUUAUUACUAGUAUAUGAACUCGUGCCGGAAAAAUUCAUAAAAGUA